CAAUGGAGUUAGUAUAUUCAUUUACCCACCGAUCAUCAUCAUCAUCACUUUUCAUUUAAUUUUCUUCAUAUUUGAAGGUUUGGUUUCUCUUUUUUUUCUGUGUUUAUUUUAAUCAUUUUGUUUGAUUGUUCAUUAAUUUUCAGUUCUAAUUGUUCAUAAUCAUCAUGGUUAAUUUACGAAUUGAAAGUACAAUUAUCAGGGAAUUUCUUGCUGAACUUCUCGGAACUUUUGUUCUAACGACGAUUGGAUGUUCCGUCAAUGCGUCAACAACAGUGUCCAAAAGCGGAGCGGUAACCGGAGCCAUCGGCCCUUGGGGCUGGGGUCUUGCCUUGACUGCAGCUAUUUAUGUAUGUGGAGGUGUCUCAGGUGGACAUGUUAAUCCAGCAGUUACUUUGGGAAUGGCUGCAAUCGGUAAAUUGUCCUGGUUAAAAGUACCUUAUUAUUUUGCCGCUCAAUACAUUGGUGCUUUCUUUGGUGCUCUAAUAACUUACCUGGUCUAUUCUGAUGCAAUUAAAGCUCAUUUCGGUGACACACUACAAACACUAGGACCUAAUGGGACAGCAGGUAUUUUCGGCACUCUACCUAAUGAGAACGUGUCCAUUGGUACCUGUUUCCUUGAUCAGGUUGUUUGUGUUGGAUUUUUCCUCCUAUUGAUCCAAGCGAUUACCGAUGAUCGUAACAUGGCCUGUCCAAAGGGUCUAAUCCCGUUGGCCAUUGGUGUUGCCGAUUUGACCCUGAUGGCUUUUGCUUUCGGCUACAAUUGUGGUGCUCCAGUUAAUCCAGCUCGUGAUUUAGGUCCUAGAAUUUUAUCUUCAUUCGUUGGCUAUGGAAGUGAAGUUUUCUCAGUUCGUAGUUAUAAUUACUUCUGGGUUCCAAUUGUCGCUACUCAUAUUGGCGGAAUCAUCGGCUCUUGGGUCUAUGUCCUGUUCAUUAGUCUCCAUUGGCCGAUCCAAUCUUACGACCUCGAAAAUGAACUUCAGGUCAAUCCUGGUCGAAAAUGAUUUUGGUCGAUUUUCUAAUUGCACUAAUUAAACUAAUCAAACUUUUCUCUUGUCCCCUUCUCUUUGUACAAUCGACAAUAAACAAAUUGUUUCCCAUUUU